AUGAGCCACGUGUACUACAUUCCCCUCCCAAUCACAAGCCUCCACCCCAAAACAAGAGACACCUCCUCCAAUGGAUCCUCCACCCCUCCCCACUUUUGCUGCACAUCAUCCAACUACCUUGACUCCAUUGACUCGUCUCCACGUUCCCAUAACGACAACACUUACGAUGAUCCUCUCCCGGCUGUUUCUGGUGCCCGGCUCCGCCUAAUGUUCAGCUUCGGCGGCCAUAUAAUGCCCCGUCCCCAUGAUAAAUCUCUUUGCUACGUCGGUGGUGACACUCGCAUCGUUGCUGUUGAUCGCCAUUGUUCCCUCUCAGCCCUUUGCACCCGCAUCUCCCGUGCACUUCUCAAUGGCCGGUCCUUUAUAUUGAAGUACCAGCUUCCGAAUGAAGACCUCGACUCGCUCGUAUCGGUUGCCACGGAUGAGGAUCUCGAGAACAUGAUCGAGGAAUAUGAUCGUUUUGCAGCAGCAUCGGGUUCUUCGGUGACCUCGUGUAGAAUCCGUUUGUUUAUUUUCUUUAAUAAGCCUGACACUACCGUCUCCAUGGGUCCACUUCUGAAUGAUGCCAAGUCGGAAACUUGGUUCGUCGAUUCUCUUAAUGGUUCAGGGUUGGUUUCUAGAGGGAACUCGGAUGCUGCGACCAUGCAGACUCUGUUGAAUCUCGAUGGUGAAUUCGAGGUUGAAGGAGGAGAUGAACAACACAAUAAACAGGUCAAAAACAAUAAUGGAGUUCAGGAAGUGCAGUGUUCGUUGCAUGAUGCACCGUUGGCGGAGAAAACUUCGUCUUUUGGUUCAUCUUCUUCUUCACCUUCUAUGCCCAACUUGCCAUCGAUUCAGGUUCGAGUGGAUCAGGAUGGAGGAGGGCAUAAAGUGCAGCAGGACCAGAGGCUUGGCAUAGAAGAACACACCAGCGGCGGUGUCUUCUCUGCCUCCGCCGCAUCCGGUGUCUGCUGCGACUACUACGGCCACUCGCGCAGGGGGUCUAGUGACAACUUGAACCGUGUUUUGUCUGAUGAUGAGAGAUAUGAUCAAGGAGUGCCUAUCGGUUACCGCAAGCCUCCAUUGCCGUUGCAGCCGGUACAACAGAAAGCUGGCGGCACUUAUAAUUUGCCUUCCCCUGAUUCAGUUGCAAGAUCACGUGGGAUCUAUCAAAAGUCAUGUCCAAGGGUUUUUGCUUUUCGAGAAAGAAGGUUCUCUGGAGAUCUUGGUAUACUGAACAGAGAUCAGUUUUAUAGAGAAGGUUCGGAAGGGGCAUAA